UUGUCGAACAGAGGAUUGGAACGGCUGGGGUGAAGAUUGAAAUUGUUGAACAGGCAGUUGAAUGGGCAGUUAAACGGGCAGUUGAAUGGGCUGGGGUAAAGAUUGAAAUUGUUGAACGGGCGGCAGUUGAACAGGCUGUUGAACAGGCUGUUGAAUGGGCUGCUGCUGAAUGGGCUGCUAAAUGGGCUGUUGAAUGGGCUGUUGAACGGGCUGGGGUGAUGAUUAAAAUUGUUGACCCGG